AUCCCCACCUCCAGAGCUCACACAGAUUACAAACAGUGUGGAGGGAGAGUGUGAACAACUUUUUUUUCUUCUGCUUCUCCAGUUGAACUUCUUUUCUAUGGAUCUGUUCACUGUGUGCUUUUAAACAAGUGGUAAGCAGAAAGCAAAGGAAAGGCUUGAGUGUUUGCCUGUUGAUGUGUCAAGAGAAUGUCAGGAAUAACUAGGAAAGGUUCUGGGAGACCCGGGUACUACUACAGGCUGCUGGGUCGAACCCGGCUCCAGAGGCAACGCAGUCGCUCCAGGAGCAGGACCCGACCUGCGAAUAAGGAUUCUCCUCCUGAGAGGGCAGGACGGAGGCGGAGCAUGCCCGGCUCCGCCCCUGAGAAAACCCCGGCUACAAUGGAACCCACAGCCGCUGCCACGCCCUUUAGAGUUACAGGCUUCCUGAGUCGCAGAUUAAAAGGAUCAAUAAAGCGGACCAAGAGUCAACCCAAGCUGGACAGGAACAGCAGUUUCAAACACAUCCUUCCUGGUUUCAGACCUGUAGAGACUGAGAGAUCUCAUUUGAUGCCGAGGCUGAAAGAAUCGCGCUCUCACGAGUCGUUGCUCAGUCCCAGUAGUGCAGUGGAAGCUCUGGACCUCAGCAUGGAGGAGGAGGUCCUCAUCAAACCCGUACACAGCUCCAUCCUUGGUCAGGACUUCUGCUUCGAGGUGAGCACCUCAACAGGAAGCAAGUGUUUCUCAUGUCGCUCGGCCGCCGAGAGAGACAAAUGGAUGGAGAACCUCAGACGAGCCGUUCACCCAAACAAGGACAACAGCCGUCGGGUAGAGAACACCCUUCGGCUCUGGGUGAUCGAAGCCAAAGACCUACCGCCCAAGAAGAAGUACUUCUGCGAGCUGUGCCUGGAUGAUGCCCUUUAUGCCCGCACCUCCUGCAAGCUGAAAGCAGACAACAUCUUCUGGGGAGAGCACUUUGAGUUCACCAACCUGCCUGCUGUCCAAAACAUCACUGUCCACGUCUACAGGGACUCGGACAAGAAGAAGAAAAAAGACAAGAACAACUAUGUGGGACUGGUAAACAUCCCAGUAGAAAGUGUGACCAGUAGACAACUUGUUGAGAAGUGGUACCCCGUUAACACACCGAACCCAGGGAAGGGGAAGACGGCGGGACCUACGAUCCGGGUAAAGGCGCGCUACCAAAGUAUGAACAUCCUUCCAAUGGAGAUGUAUAAGGAGUUUGCUGAAUAUACUACCAACAACUACAUGCUGCUCUGCUCUGUGCUGGAACCAGCGAUCAGUGUCAAGAACAAAGAGGAGAUGGCUUGUGCCCUAGUGCACAUCCUGCAAAGCACUGGGAAAGCCAAGGACUUCUUGACGGACCUGAUGAUGUCAGAGGUGGACAGAUGUGGCGAGAACGAGCACUUGAUCUUUCGCGAGAACACGCUGGGCACCAAAGCCAUCGAGGAGUACCUUAAACUCGUGGGCCAGAAAUAUCUUCAGGAUGCACUGGGAGAGUUUAUAAAGGCACUGUACGAGUCAGAUGAAAAUUGUGAAGUGGACCCAUCAAAAUGUUCAGGCAGUGACCUUCCUGAACAUCAGAGCAACCUGAAGAUGUGUUGCGAGCUCGCUUUCUGCAAAAUCAUCAACUCCUACUGUGUUUUUCCACGAGAACUGAAAGAAGUGUUUGCAUCGUGGAGACAGGAAUGCGGUAACCGCGGGCGUCCGGAUAUCAGUGAGCGUCUGAUCAGUGCCUCGUUGUUUCUGCGUUUCCUGUGCCCGGCCAUCAUGUCUCCGUCCUUGUUUAACCUGACGCAGGAAUAUCCGGAUGAGCGCACGGCUCGCACGCUCACACUCAUCGCUAAGGUCACGCAGAACCUCGCCAACUUCACAAAGUUCGGCAUUAAGGAGGAGUACAUGUCCUUCAUGAAUCAAUUUUUGGAGCAUGAGUGGACCAACAUGCAACGCUUUCUACUCGAGAUCUCCAACCCUGAGACUAUUUCCAACACGGCUGGCUUUGAAGGCUAUAUCGACCUUGGCCGUGAGCUCUCCACGCUGCACUCCUUACUAGCUGAGGUUGUGUCUCAAAUGGAUCAGGCUGCCACCACCAAGCUCUCUCCGUUACCCAGAAUCCUCCGAGAUGUUCACACAGCACUGACUAAUCCCUCAAGUGUUCAGGUGGCUGUGCCGUCUGAUAGCGCUCCAUCCCCUCCGCCUGCCGGGUGCAGCGUCUCUACCAGCUUGCAAAAAAUGACAAUGGAUAGUGACUUAUCAGGCCUGGUCGACUUCACCCGUCUCCCCUCGCCAACUCCAGAGAACAAAGACCUGUUUUUCGUGACACGUUCUUCAGGUCUCCAUGGCUCACCUGCCCGCAGCUCUAGCUACUCCGAAGCCAAUGAGACUGAACUUGGCCUAUCCAAUGGCGCUAAAAGCCUGUCCAUGGUGGACCUACAGGAGGCCACCAGGACCUUGGAACUCAUCCCGGUCACAACAGAAGGUACUGUCGAGAAGCACAUGGUGGCUUGGAAUACCCAGACACCACAGUGCAACUCAUCCGGAGGCCCCACGCUCCAGAAGGUGGGGCAGAAGUCUAUAAGUGCAGCAGGGGAGGUGAUGCCAGGCAGGCCGGUUCAGCUUCUCGCCCCGCUGUCCUUCCAGAACCCUGUGUACCAGAUGGCAGCAGGAUUGCCUUUGUCUCCAAGAGUGCCCACUGGUGGAGACUCUGGCUCAGAAUGUCACAGCUCUCUCAGUUCGCACAGCAACAACGAGGAGGCUGGGUGCGGGAAACUCAGCUUUCUGAACCAUGGGAGUGGGGUCGGGGAUGAGUUGGUAAGACGGUCUGGGGAGUUUUCAAGAAGGCAGCUCUCGCUUACAGAAGCGCAGCAUGGAGGAUGCCAAUCUGUAGUGCCACGGCAAAACAGCGCCGGUCCCCAGCGCCGGAUCGAUCAACCUCCGCCACCCAUGCAGGUCGCUGCCCCCCGUGGACGGACUCCGCCCAGCAUGCUAAGCUCUGCCCCUUACCCACGCCCCUCGAGUGGCAGUGCCAUUUCGUCAUCGCCUGAUUGGCCAGGGAGUGGCGCGAGACUUCGUCAGCAGAGCUCAUCCUCCAAAGGGGACAGCCCUGAGAUGAAGCAACGUUCACAACACAAGGCCUCGUCCCCAGUAAUUCCCAGUGCGUUGGAUCGUACGGCUGCAUGGUUGAUGAAUGUGCCGUACUUAGAGCAGGACUCAGAGACAGAUCCACGCAGGGACGAUCAGGCGCUCAAUGAGAAGUAUCAGGCAGAGAUAUCCGUGCUGCAGGAUCAGCUACGUGUGUGUGUGCAGCAGCUGGAGCAGUGUGAGGCUCGUCUGCACUCGCAGGACGAUCAGGCUCAGCAGCUGCUGCUGCAGUAUCAGAACCGUCUGGAGGAAGCUGAGCAGAGACUGCACCGCCAGCAGGAAGACAAAGAGCUGCAGAUGAAGAGCAUUAUUAGUAGGUUGAUGUCUGUUGAAGACGAGCUGAAAAAAGAUCAUGCUGACAUGCAGGCCGUCAUCGACUCCAAGCUGAAAAUUAUAGAUGCACAGGAAAAGCGGAUCGUUUCUCUGGACGCAGCGAACUCGAGGCUCAUGGGCGCCCUGUCUCAGCUCAAGGAGCGUUACAGCAUGCAGACACGCAACGGCAUCUCGCCCACGAACCCCACCAAGCUGCAGAUCACUGAGAACGGAGAGUUUCGCAACUCCUCUAACUGCUGAAGUCUUAACCGGGACUGAAAGAAUGGAUGAGGACAGGAUAUACGUCUUGAUGUCACUGGAGGAGAAAAUGAAGCUGUAUUUUUUUUUUUCCCCUGGAAAAAAAAAGAUGAACUGUUUUAAAAAUUUGCUGUCUCUGUGACCUAUGAUUAGUGUCUGCUACAUCAGUUUAGGACAAACCACUAGAUGUAAAUCUCUAUACGUAAACAUACAGGACAUACUGGUACAUCGCUUUAUCAAUACGAAUACUACAACUCGAUGUGCUAAAUCCUUAAACGUUCCAUCCGUUUAUUGGAAAAGGUCAUUCUCUGAAGCGUCUAGUGUUACAUAAAUACCACGCUUCUUCAGGACAUCAAGUGCUUCUUCGCACCCUGGACUGGACUUUAUCCGACCGCUCGACUUCGUCCCAUAUGUAGUGCACUUUGUGAGCUAUUAACAUGAUAAGCCUUAAAAAAAACAAACUGCAGCCCCUUUAUCCCUUGACCUGUGUCUGUAAGCUAAAGAGUCAAAAGUAUUAUUUAUUUUUAAACACAGUCUUGGCAAAGAAAAAUAUGAUGCACAGGUCGUGUGUGCACAGUACUUGAGUAAUAAUAAUGUUUAAAAAAAUGCAUAAUAGUUUAAUACCAAAUGAAAUGACAUAAUAUCAAUAAUAAUAAUAAGAUGAUAAUUAUCAAUAUAUCAUGAAUUUAUCAAUGAGAUCGCCUCCUGAAGCUACAGCAGCACUUUUCACUUUAUUCCGCUAGCUAUGCCAUUUCUUGACAGCUUUCUACUCUGCAGUUUUUUUUAACCUUCUCAUAAACAGUUUCCACUUUACCCGAUCGAUACUUCCUGAGACUUGUGUUAACGACUCCAGACACCAAGUAUGCACUCAGUUCCUGUUAUUAUACAUUAUUUAUUAAUGUUUUUGCAUCAUGAUAAAACAGCCUCCACAGACUCAUGAUGAUGAUUUUUCUUUUUCUUUUUUUCUUAAUUUAACUUCUGCAACUUCAACUUCGGCGGCACCGCAACCAAAUUUAUUCGAUGAAAAAAUUUGCACACAUUCUCCGUGUGUCGUUCUGUUCCCCGUUUCUGUUACUCUGUGCCUUCUUUAUUUAAAGGCAGUGAUUUUCCUUUACGGUUCAGUCUAUAGUCCCUCAGUUUAUCUAGAGCUGGUAUAUUUUUGUAUUCCUGUUCCUAACUGCUUUAAGGAGCCACAUGCGGUUAUUUAUGACAUGCGCUGUGGUGAAGCUUGAAUUCAGCCAUUUUCUCCCGUCACCACUGCGAACCACGAAUGUGGCUAUCUUCAUGUGACUCUGAAUAAUCUAGCGAUGCAACAGGGCUGGGUUUUGGAAACUCAAAAAUGAAAAUGGUAUCGCUAUUUUUACAAUACAGAGAGAGAAAGAGAGAGAGAGGAAUACAAAAAGGUCUGUCUGCUGUAGCAAGACAGAAGGUGUGUUCUGUAAAUAUUCAAAAAAAUAAAAAUAUAUAUACAUAUAAAUAUAUAUAUACAUAUAAACUUGAACAUGUGUUCCGCUGAUAGGACUUAGAGAUUCCAUUUACAUCUACAAUGUUACUGGUGUUUAAAUGCCAUGUGUCGUUUUAUUUUUGAUAUCCAGUCGUGAAUGCAAUUGUCCCGCUGAUUUAUUAAUAUACGUCGUGAUCAAAAUGCGAAAGAUUUUGUUUAGCCAGAGAGUUUACAGAAAACAGAAGCACAAAAACCUAGCAUUUUAUUUCGGCCCUGUUAACUGAAUCUCCGGUCCUCUGGUUCUCCCUGUGCUGUGCUUGGAGGGUUUCCUCCUAGGCAUGUGGGGUAGGCUGAUUACAAAUUGUGUCAGUGUGUGUGGGGUUGGCAUUCAUUCUUAAGCUCUCAUGUGACCUUACACAGAAAAAGCGUCUAGAUAAUAGACGGAUGGAUGGUUCUCUUUAAAUGGAAGUUACAAUCUCUAUCCUCAAGUUAAUUUAUGUUUGAAAUGCCAGAAUAAGCAGUGGUAGCCCACUGGAACUUGUUCGUGUUUCUGCUAAUGUGAAGGUCGUAAGAUUGAAGGUCAUCUUGGACCUACCCCAGAACUGCUGUUUGGUGCUUGCACCGUAAAAAGCUCAACUACAACCAUGCUUAUUAACCCUUUUGCGUGUGACGUCACAACGUUUGUCCAUCAUGGUCCCACAAAAGAGGCGUUACUUACCGGAUGCUGGUGCUAAAAUCCACAUUUAAAAUUCGAUGGUAACGUUAUGUCGUCUUAAACAACACUUUGUCCCCAUAUUUAUUGCUUCAAGGUCAGUCCGAAUUCCCUCUGGCAAAUAGAUCCUAAGGCAAGGCUGAAUCUCAAAUCCCUCUCUAGGCCCUGAUCAAAGGCACUGCUUGGUGUGUGGGACAAAGGAUUGUGCGCUAUUUGGGAUUCAACCCUUGCACAGUUAAUUAGCUAUUAAUUACAAAGCUUGAAACGGCAGUAUUAGUUAAUUAACAUUACCUGAACGUCAUUUUAUGAAGCGUAAAGCACAGCAUCGUAUCAUUUGGAAUGGAAGUGCUGAAUGACAAAUUUGUCAUUUGCCAUCAAAUAUUCGUACACUGUCUGACUUAAGACUGUAAGUCUGCGUAUUAAUAUCUAUGUACCUUCUUCAUUUCUGCAUCCACUUUUAACAUGCUUUCAUUUUUUUUUUUAACUCUAUCACAACAUACUGCAUGUGAAAAUAAUAAGCAGAACAGAAGCAAUCGAUUGCUAGCUUACGUUUUUUUUUUUUCUGUGUGACAAAGCAUCAGGUAAUCAUCAGGUAAUAUAUGUUAUUUUUUGGCUCCUAAAUACACCUUAACAAAAAUACAUAGCAGACUGAUGUCGGUUAAUGAUGCUUUCUGUUGUACACUGUUGUGACUGACGUCAUGAUUGUCACAUGUUUGCAAAAGGUCCAUAAGCAAUUGACUUUGUUCCUAUAAAAUAAUAAAAUAGGAAUAAAAAAAUGGAUACAAAUCUAAACCAUGUAGCAAAUCAAAGUGUAAGAAACCAAUUCGGUUUACUUUUUAACACUGUGCCCACGUCCAGAUGAAUUAAUACGUAGUCAAAAUCAGGUGCUUAUUUGUGAGCGAACAACCCUGAACUGGAAGCACUUUCUGGAUUUUUAUUAUUAUUUUUAUUUUCAGGGUAUAAAUUCGAAUGAGUUUGGUGCUUUCUUUCUUGGAAUUUGUAGCCAGUGAUAUAGAAAUGAACCCGCGGCUCUUUUGCAUUCUAGCACUAUUUAAUCCUAAAACGCUAGCCGUGCUUCAAACCCAUGAUUCAGUAGCUCACCUCCGAACUGAACUGUACACCUUGCCAAAUGACAAUCUGUCCGGAACAUCGUUUUUUGGAAGUGAUCGAGUCAUCGUGUUGAUCGUGCAGCAUACAAAGAGAAGUAUUCGCUCGCAGCUCCAGGUCCGUUUGUUUUCCUUUCGCUCUAGAUCGUCAGGUAUCUCAGUGGCACACACCCGUUCUCAGCAGUCGAUGUGGUAUAUAAGCUUUGUCAAAAGAGACGUGAAUCUCAAACUGAAUAUAUAAGACUAUGUUAUUAUAUGUUGUAUAAUCCUUGUAGAGAAACUUUUGUAAGUAUGUUUAAAGUAUUGGCUUCUUUCGAGGAUGACGAGAACAAUAAUGUACAGAGAGAUAUGAUGUCCAUGUUAAGAACUAUGAAAAUGUGGCUGUGCAAUUUACAUGUACAUUGGCAACUAGGAUAAUUAAAGUUUUAUUUAGAU